GGGGGCGGGCGGACGAUCUGAGACUCGGUAUCGCGGCGGCGGCAGCGGCACGGCUACACCGAGUUGGGCUCCUUCCCUCAUCUGCCCUCCCCUUCUCCCCCUCCCCUCACCUGUGGUUCCCGAGGCGCCCGAGACGUGCGGCGAGGCGGCGACAAGCUCUGGGUGAGGGUCCCUGGAGUGUGAGCGCCUUCCCCCGGGCGAAGAGGGUCAACACACUAUCCUGAGAGUCCACCCUCCCAAGAAGAAGGGACAGAAAGAAAGGUCUCUUUGUAAGAAAGCCUUGUGUAUCCCAUGAACCAGACAGCGAAAAACGGAUUGGAGUACAUCAGGACUCCAGAGCCAGAAAUACGGCUCAGAAAAGGACCCCAACUUGAUGGUACAAGGAGAGGUGAUAAUGACAAUCACCAAGGAGAUUUGGAGCCUGUUAUAGAGGCAUCUGUUCUUUCUAUCCAUCAUAAAAAAAGCUCUGAGGAACAUGAGUGUAAUGAUGAAGCUUCUCAGGAAGAGGAGGGGUUUAUGGGCAUGUCCCCUCUCUUACAAGCCCAUCAUGCUAUGGAAAGAAUGGAAGAGUUUGUUUGCAAGGUUUGGGAAGGUCGAUGGCGAGUAAUUCCUCAUGAUGUCCUACCAGACUGGCUCAAGGAUAAUGAUUACCUUUUACAUGGACACCGGCCCCCUAUGCCUUCUUUCCGGGCCUGUUUUAAGAGCAUUUUCAGAAUACACACAGAGACAGGCAACAUCUGGACACAUCUCUUAGGUUGUGUAUUCUUCCUGUGCCUGGGGAUCUUUUAUAUGUUUCGCCCAAACAUCUUCUUUGUGGCCCCUCUGCAAGAAAAGGUGGUCUUUGGGUUAUUCUUCUUGGGGGCCAUUCUCUGCCUUUCUUUUUCAUGGCUCUUCCACACGGUCUACUGCCACUCAGAAGGGGUCUCCCGACUCUUCUCUAAACUGGACUACUCUGGUAUUGCUCUUCUGAUUAUGGGAAGUUUUGUUCCUUGGCUUUAUUAUUCUUUCUACUGUAACCCACAACCUUGCUUCAUCUACUUGAUUAUCAUCUGUGUGCUGGGCAUCGCAGCCAUUAUAGUGUCCCAGUGGGACAUGUUUGCCACGCCCCAGUAUCGAGGAGUACGAGCAGGAGUGUUUUUGGGCCUUGGCCUGAGUGGAAUCAUUCCUGCCUUGCACUAUAUCAUCUCGGAGGGGUUCCUGAAGGCUGCCACCAUAGGACAGAUCGGCUGGUUGAUGCUGAUGGCCAGUCUCUAUAUCACAGGGGCUGCCCUGUAUGCGGCCCGCAUUCCUGAACGCUUCUUUCCUGGCAAGUGUGACAUCUGGUUUCACUCUCAUCAGCUCUUCCACAUCUUUGUGGUUGCUGGCGCUUUUGUUCACUUCCAUGGGGUCUCAAACCUCCAGGAGUUCCGGUUCAUGAUCGGCGGAGGCUGCAGUGAAGAGGAUGCACUGUGACACCUGCAGUAGCCAGGGCUAGGGCCCUGAGCCAGGGCCUGCUGCACCUGCAGGCUUUUCCCUUCCUGGCCAUUGAUGCCAGUACCCGAGGAGCCCCAAAACUUUGACAGCCUCGUGCGCUUGGUGACACACCAGAGGCUCCAUGUGGCACAUGACUGAGAAGAGAAAAACAAAAAUAAAUCAUACCUCAAAGGAUGGAGUGCAUCAAUUUGGGGAAAAGGAGAAAUGGUCCAAACCCCGGUGUAUUCUUGGGAUGUACUGAUUGAGGGCUCUGCAAGACCCUUGGCAAACUGGCUUCUGAUCCAUAUCAUAUUUAUUUGAUGGGGAAACAGUUUAGCUGGCAGUUGGUUCUUCUCUCCCUUUCUCUCUCCUUAAAACAAUAAUUCAAACCAAUUUAGGUGAACAUUUAUAUCCUAUCAAGGGGUGGGAAUGUGAUUUUAGAUGCUCUUUUGGGAGAACAAACAAGUUAAUGUAAAUAAGAUUUCUAACUUACUGUUUAAAUAAGAAUUUAUAUAAAUGUUUAAAACAUAGGGGUGGGGGGGAGGGAGAAUUUUUGUAUAGAAUGAAACAUGCAAGUACCACACACUGUUCAAUUUUGCACAAAGUGACCGUAGGAGGAUCAGGUGAUGGCCCCAGAAUGUAUAAUGCCUUGGUGCGCCAUGCUGCCUUCUGAAGGCUGUCAUACCCUAGACCCUGGUGGGGCAGAGAGCACAGCCCCUGCCCGGUGAUCACAUCGCCACUCUCAUGCCUGAGAGCCUUGGGGAGUCCUGAGGGAGAGGGAGGUUGGUAUGUGUUUUCUAAGGAAGCAGCAAGUGAAUGGCUGACAGGAUGUUAGUUAAAAGCUCUAGUUCAGGUGUCCUUUGAGAGACCCACUUCUUUUUUAUGCCAAUGAUCCUCUCUAAGGAGCAGAGUCACCUGCUGCAGAAAGUCAGUUAUGCUUGCAGGAGGGUAGAGGAGACUAGGAGCUCUGGAAAUGUUAGCACAGGGCUGGGCUGGGUGCUUCCUGGCAUCCUGUUCAUUUUGGGGUGAUUUUCAUCUGAUUGCAGGGAUGUGACAGUUUUCCAUAUCCUUGUUGUGGAGCUUUUGGAGUAUCCUGGAAAUGUCACUCUAUGAAAAUCCCUGCCCUAACUACCCUUCCUCCUCUUGGAAAUAAAAAUGGAACUUUUCCCAGCAUCAUCCUUCUUGGCAUGGAGCCAACCAGGAGAGUCUUGUCCAGGUGCCCCCUGAGCUCCUUUACCAAGGCUGGGAGACGCUUCCUUCGGAUUAGGGAAGACGAGUGUCACCUGGCACUCUGUCUUGGUGAACGUUGGUGUGGCAGACAGAUCUGCUCUCCUUGAACAAAAAAGCCACUAAAACUCUUGAAAGCAGGGCCUAAUACCCACCAAGGAGUAGCAGCAGUAUCUGAAUCCCAAUUUUAAGGGAUAGUGUGGUGGUGGGACGUUUUAAAAGGAAAUUGUAUGUUAUUGCCAAGGAGUCUAGGAGAAUCUUGAAAACUAUCUUUGAAGAGUUGCUAGAAGAAAAAAAAAAAAAAGAUUACUUAUGUCUUCAAGGUUACCCUGCUAUGGCAUCAGGGAGAGUGUUAGGGGAAGGCUCUGGUUCAUAUGAUCCUCACUUGGCUCAUAGGCAAACCACCCAGAUGGCACUGGAAUCUUAGGUUACUUACUGUCAUCCAAGGCUGCAGGUGAUCGUUACAUCCUGGGACUGUGUGCAUUAGAAUAAACACUGAGGCCCCAAGCAUGGGGCUGGCAUCCUCCACUGGGUGUUUGAAAAUGUGGGAAGGGUCUCCUAUUUAUUCCUUAUGGGGUUUUCUCGGUUCUUUCUCUCCCUUUCAAUCUCCAGCAAAAGCUGGCAUCCAGGAAGAAAGAAUCCAUUGUAGAACUUGGGAGGAACUUAAAGAGUAUUUUGGUUCUGGAUAAGGUCACUACCCUGGGUGCUAGGUGGACCCAGCAAAAGACGCAGUGCGUGAACCAGUUCAGUGCCUGACAGAAUAAAGAGCAGUAUUACUCCCUCUGAGGGGACAGUCCAGCAGGGCAGUGCCAUGUGGAAGGAAGCUCACUUAGCUCCUGGAAGCAGCAGCACAUAUCAGAAGCCAGACUUGCUCUUCGGUCAUGCUCUUUGAGGUGCGGGGUGGAAGAUGCAGCCUUGACACAACACCAACAGAGGUAGCUGUCUCUGGGCCCAGUCACCCCACACCCCAAAGAGGAGCCCAAUCUGGUUCAAUAUAGCACAAACCCUUAGCAAACAUGAAAUUUAACAUCAACGAUGUAUAAUCCAGUAAAAAUCUCUCCUUAGGGUGUGUGUGGGUGUGUGCGUACCCAUUUAUAAGUGUGUGUCUGUGCAACUGACUACCAACAGCCUCACUGCACUUGAUCUUACAGUGCUCGCUGAGAACUCUCACCAGGUUGGCGCCUGAAUGCCUUACUCUCAGCAGUCCGAGGCUUGCUUGCUCUGUGCAGAUUUUUAAUUUUCUUUUUUGGCCCUAGGCUGAUUAGGACCUCUACAGCUUCAUACUAUCACCAUUAAAUAGUGGCCUUUUUCAGUAUUUUUUCCUUACCCUUUAAAAAUUGCUGAAGCCACAAAGCACAUGUUUUGGGGAUCAUAGAAGUUUGGGGUUUCAGAAAGGCAUCUGUGUGAUGGUUCAUUCACCAUGGGAUUUCCCUAUUUGCUGUAUACUCAACUUCUAAUAAAAGGAACCAAGUGGAAAAUGAA